AGAAUGAUUAAAUAAUAAACAAUGUGGGUUAUUAACCAGACGGAUAAAUUAAACUCCAUGAAGGAAAAAUACGAUCGUCUCGAUUACAACGGUGACGUCACUAAUACGUUUACUAGCCGUCAUUACAAAAUACCAAAUGCAACGCUCUGAUUCGUCCAUAUCUAGCGGAAGCCAUGUUGGAAAAAAAACAACCAUAAAUUAUGUUACGACGAGUGCGCCAUCUAGCGACAAUGUAAGAAGAAAGUCAAGUUCGCAACCAUACGGUUGCGGUAUUUAUGACAAAAAAUGAUGUUUUUGCAGGUUUUAUGACAAGUUUGGUUAAUCAUUCGGUUAUAACGUAAAUGUUGUUUUUUUUGACCCCCUUAAUGACAGAUUUGAUGAAAUUGGAGUUGUUCAUGUUGCUUGUGUUAUAACCGGUUGUAGGUUAAUCGGUUAAAGAUGGCGGUUGUGUGUUUGCGCAUUCGUGCGCGAGAUGUCAGUGCGUUUUUAGUAUGGAGUUUAGCCGUUAGUUGUCGUUAGGUUAGUUAUUUUUGAUGCCAUCUAGCUGUACCCCGCUUUCGAACGUUUCGUGUACUAAUAUGAGUGCAGUGGUGUUAAGUGUGUGUGAAGAAAACCCUGGCUUCCCAUGUAUUUAAACUAAAGUUAAAAUCGCGUUAGACGGGGUGAAAAAUCUGGUACGUUGUGUUGUGGCGAAUUUGGGUUAGGUCCCGUAGUUUUCGCAUGAAUUCAGUUCGGCAAGAGAGUUUAACACCGAGUGUUCCAUUUUGAUGGCGCUAUGGCCGCUAAAACAUAACCAGGGAAAAUAUAAACCCGCCUUAACCUCACUCUUGGUAAACAUCAAUCGAACGAAAAUGGGUUGCACGAUCUAGUGGGUGAAACCGUCUUUUGUUUCGAUAGUUGUCAACUUGUCAAAAUGAAUGUGAAGCAGGAAAGGCACGACGAAGCCGAAAUUCAGGCCCUCGCCGACAAAAUCAAAGAAGCGAGCAAAAAUCGGAUGGCCGUGAACCAGCAGAAAGCCCAUGUGGGUCUAGGGCAGAACCUCAUCCUCACCUCCAUGAUGAACGACAAGAAGAAGCAAAACAAUACUCUCCAGGCCACCAACUGCCAGGAAACCGGGAAGACCAUCGACGAGGACUCCGUACGGGGGCGGUUCGGCUGGGAGACCAUCGGGAAGAACCCUAUCCCUUACAUCAACCGCAACGGGGAGAAAUACUGUGCCGUUCGGAUGGUGGAGAUGAAGGCCCUCAACAAAUACUUAAAUUACUUGCACCAAGACAUCUACAACUGCACUUGUAUCAGGAGUUACUACAUCACCGAGCCUGAAGGGAGGCUCCUCAACGAGAUUAACAUGAAACACUGUGACUAUCAUUUCGGGAAAGAACAGUUCACCCCGCGGGAUCUGAUUGUUAGACUGAGUGAUGCUGUGGAGUUCUACAACUUCCUUUGUUCGUGCUACACGAAGUUAGUAAACGGUGAAACUGAUUCCUUAGGUCGAAGCGGUUUUAUCCGAAUAAAUAAAGAAUCUGUGGUACCCUACACUGUAUAUAAUGACCAAAAAUACGUCCCACUAUUCUACUUCGAGGGCGAGACUGAGAACCUGAAGCAGCGAGCCAACAAACUCGAAGGCUGGGACUUAUCUUAUUUAAAAUUCUGUUGUAAAGUACAAGGAAUCCGGAACGAACUUUUUGCACACGAUUCCUGUUCAGUUAUUAGUUUAAACGAUAUUAAAAAUUAUUUUCCUCCCGGGACCCUUUUCGAGGACUACUGGCCGAAGAAAAGUGUCGAUUCGCAAUUGUUAAUAAGUGGAAAUACGAGGAAUCAAUCCCAGAUUAUCCAGUGGACGCGACAGCCGGCAGCCCCCCCAAUUGCCCAUUCAAUCCCCAGUCCAAGGGCCGUCAGCUUGACCCAACCUAAACCCCCGGCUGCCAACAACCAGAUUCACAAUGUCCAUACUUACUCCUCUUAUGGAAUGGGGGGACAACAUCCCUAUCAUCCCCCGCAAUCCCGGACGCCUGGAUCGGCCAUCAGGACGACUUAUCCUGCGGCAACAGGGAACAGGCACAUGAGGUCGCCCAAUUAUUAUUCAAACAUUACUCAGGGACCACCGCCGCCGCUCGUACCCACGACACAGGCGCAACCGAAUUUGCACUAUUCGAACGCCCAGACGAAUGCAACGCCGAAUUAUAUGUUAACCGGAGAACAGCCUAAUCUUAACCAAAUAAAUUACCAUCAGGAAGAACCGGAUGAUUCACAACCACCACCGAUGAUUCCCAUAAGGCAGUUUUUGGCGAACGGUGGUGUGCUGUCACCGACUUUCAUAAGACAACAGCAGCAAGCAAGAAUGCAUAUGGAGGCCAUGAACCAAAAUUCGGCCCCCCGGGAUUUACAAAAUAAUUACGUCAGCAACCGACAGUCAAUUCUGAUAAACCAACAACCGGCUCAUCAGCAGUCAUCCCGGAGUCAACAACCUAGUACUUUUGGUGAUGAUCAACAUGCGAUGCCAAACGGUGGUCAAAUGUGCUUAGACGAUGUUAACUGUAAAUUAAUAUCGAUUCCCGAACCACCAACUAGUAGUAAUCACAUUCCAUAUAAAAUGCAAAAGGCGUUAGUUGAAGGAAAAUUAUUGCCUUGUAUUAACAUGAAGCCAUAUGUAUACUCCGAACUAUUGGUGACUCUCCCUGAUCUCACAGUGAAUUUUUUUAAUAAUAUACCAGUGCAAUCAUGUCAAAGAGUCAUGAAAGUGCUAGGAAUCGACUUGUACAAACCCAACAAUUCCCAAGCCCACGUCCUGAUGGAGUCUGGCAAGUGUCAAAGCAUAAACGACGUGGUACCUUUAGUUCAAGUGCGAAAUGUGAUUGAUUUCAUGCCUCAGUUGAAGUAUAUGUUAGGAGGUGUUUUACCUAACAUAAUGUCUAAUAAACGGCAGAGGAACAGCUAGGACUGGGCGAAUCUGUGGGGCUAUAACUUUUACAAUUUGUGAAAGUCCACGAACUGAAGUGUUUUGUAAAAGUAACAAAAUGUGUUGUUUUAUAUAAAAAAUUGUUCCUAAAGUGUAAAUCAAUAAGUACUAUGCAAAAAAGUGAAACUACAUAAACAUGUACUAUUGCGCUAGUUACACACAUGAUUUUUUUUUAUUUUUGUCAUUCAUGCUUUUAGAACGUCGAUACAUGUCCGACUUUUGUUUCAUUACAACAAACUUGUUUAAAAUUAUUAUAUCUACUUGUUCUUGGAAUGUUUUGUGUUUUGUAAUGAUCAUAUUUUUUCUAAUUCAACUUUUUUUUGUUGGAAUUUUGUUUGGUUUAAGGUAUGGUCGACGUUUUAUAACCGCAUGUUGAACGUUUCGAUCCUGUUGGCAUUAGAAUAGGUAUUUUGAAUUGUUUGAUCACUUUUUGCUACUUCAAAAAGUUUUCUUUGGUAUUUGCUUUGUGAAUUAUUUUAAAAUUUGACGUCUUUCUAGUCAAUUAAAUUAAGCAGCAUUUGAAAUAUUCCAAUAAAAGUGGUAAUUAUUUGAAAUAUCUGCUCUAUUUUUCGUAUAUAAUUAUUUAUUUCUUCAAUGAUCAUUAUAAUAUUAAUAGAUAGUUAUAUCAAUGUGAAAUGUCCAGGGUAGGGGAUGUACUUUAGAUAAAACAUUCUGGAUUUAGAUAAUAACAUUGUAACACUUUUUUUGAGAUCUGAAAUUUUUCAAGAUGUGUUUUCGUAAUUGAUCUAAUACGUUUGUUUGUCAUUUUUGUGUUGAUUUCCUUGGAAACAUGUUUAUUCCCUUGCCUGUGAUAUUUGAACAGAUUACAAAUCAGUAUUUAAUAAAUUUAUUAUCCAUUGAGCUUGAACACUCAAUUAAAAUUCCUUAUUGCUACUUAACAUUUUUGACUCUCUGACAAAAUUAAGUAUACAUAUGUAUCUUGUACAAAAUGUUUGUAGAAUUAUUUUAUGUAAUUUUUUAGCAAUUGUUUCUAGUAGUGUUGUUAUAUUUUGGCAUUUUUUUCACACAAAUAUAGUUGUAAUGUUACUAUGUAUAUGUAUAUAGUAAACAUCUAUUCAAAUAAAUCUUCUAAGUUCUAUUAUUAUUUGCUGGUUUGACUUUCACUACAAACCGAAAUUUGCCAAAUAUAAUUCAAACGAAAAUCUCAUCACUUCAAAACAAACAGCAGUUGUAGCUUGUAUUUUAUUCAUUCUGUAGGCUAGGAACCAGUAGCAUUUUUAAUAUAAAUUUUAUCUGUUACUUCGUUUACCAUGUAAAUAAAAUAUUUUCAUAAUUAUUAUUUUUUUCUAAAAUACAAUUUGUUCAAUAUAUAUAUUGUUAUUUCAACUUCACCAGCAGUCUGUGUAGGAACUAACAUUGUAUUACUCUAACUAAUUACCCAGAAUUAACUUUGUUUCCCAGUGGCUAAACCGUCCGAAUUUGCGAUUUAGUUACUAUUUAUUUUGUUUUUUUCAUGUUCAUUAUUUUUUCAUGUUCAUUAUUGUUUUUGUUCUCUCAGUUUCAUUAGAAUAUAGUAUUUAUUCUUUAUAAA